AUACCUGAUGAAAGAAACUGUCGACCCAUAAGCAACAGUUUGUAUCUUUGCCGUAUUUUAAAGAAACUCCGCUUCCCAUCAGGUGUUUGUCGCUCCACUAUUUCGUUUCGCAGGCGGAUAUUUGAGCGUUUGCGCCACCUUGUGAGCGAACUGCUCCCUCAGCAGAGCCGACGUCUAUCUGUUACAAGAUGGUGUCAAUAGUUCGCACUCUUCGACACCACACAGACGAGGUCAGCUGCUGUGCCUUCUCUCCAUCUCUCCUCGCGACCUGCUCCGGUGAUAAAACUCUCCGUGUUUACAACACAGCGGACUUCUCGGAGCUUCCUUUUUCUCCUCUCUCGGGCCACGACUAUGGUGUUCACUGCUGCUGCUUCAGCUCGUGUGGCAGCUACCUGCUCAGCUGCUCCACAGACGGAUCCACCAUCGUGUGGGGCUCACAGACAGGUGAGGUGGCCGCGGUGCUGCAGCACCCGGCCCGCAGUCCGCUCCGAGUGUGCGCGGUGGCACCAGACUCCUCCCAGCUGCUGGCAGGGGCCUGCGAUGGCACCGUGGCCCUCUGGGACUUCCGCUCCAGGACAUUACGCAGAUGCAGUGCAGUGAGCGAGGCCAGUGUUGUGGCCUGCUGCUUCUCUCCCUGUGGCCAGAUGUUUGCGACCGGCUGCACCCACGGAGACCUCAAACUGUGGGAUACGGACAUCAACUUCCUGCAUGCUGAGAAGGACGCCCACGACCUGGGAGUCACCUGCUGCAGCUUUGCACCGCAGUUUAAAGUUGAGGGCUGCUGUGUGGAGUUUCGACUGGCCUCCUGUGGACAGGACAGCCAGCUGAAAAUAUGGAUUGUUUCCCAGCGUGAAGGUGCAGGCUGUGUCAUGAAGCUGGUUCACACUCUUACCAGCCAGUCAGCUCCAGUUUUGUCUUGCUCCUUCUCUUCUGAUGGAGAGCUGGUCGUCUCGGGUUCGGUGGAUAAAAGUGUUGCAAUAUAUGAUGCGAACCUGGGAACCCUGCUUCACAAUUUGAAACAGCAUGACAGACAGUCAUUGAAGUGCAACCGCAGGUAUGUGACUGCUGUUGCUCUGUCUCCCACCAUGCCGUGGAUUGCGACCGGAUCCAUGGACAGAACCGUAAAGGUGUGGAGAGUAGGAGAUGGAGUCAGCAGAACUGCAGCUGAAUCAAGACAGACAGUGUGCCAAGGAAGGAACUUACCCGGUCACUCCAGGCUGCUGGUUGCUGAUUGGUCAGAGGAGGAUGUGCAGACUUGGCUGCGUGAGGAAGGACUGCAGGAGCUCGUCAGCAUCUUUAAAGCCAACGACGUCGACGGAGCAGAGCUCAGCCAGCUGAACAAGGAAACAGCAGCAGAGCUGGGAAUUGUGAUCUGAUUUAGGGACCUGACGCUGCAGCGUUUUCUAUCUGCUUAUACAAUCACAAAUCACACUGUGUGGACAGAACCCCACGGGAUGACCUUUACGUCACAAACAAUGAUAAUCCCUCUGAAAAUAAGAUUAGUCCAUUCAGGGUCGUCCAAGGUCUCCGUGUACAAACUGCAGCCAGAAUAACUUCCUGCAGUGGAUGGACACACUGCCGACACCCGUGUUGAAGCCUCAACACUAUAGUACAGUAGAUGUACACAUUAUCUCCACCAAGGCACUUAUGUUUUCAAGAAAUACUGUAGUAUUGAUUGAUUGAUACCACCUUUGCAUCAGUCUGUGAUGCUUAGCUUAGCAUAAAGACUGUGGUUUUUACACUUGAGUUUUUGUACAAUUUUAAACUGAGAUAUGAUGUUUUGUUACCUGACCGAGCCAGACUAGCUUGUUUCCCCAUUUCCAGUCUUUAUGCUAAGCUAAGCUAACUGGCUGCUGGCUUCAGCUUCAUAUUUACCAUACACUUGUUGGAACUGUUCCUUGAGUAUGUAUGAAGAAAAACCAAAAAAAUUGCUCAACUGACUGCAAUUAAAUUUGGUAGAAAGUUCGGCUAAGUUCGGCUCUAUGGGCCAAGAGCAAGUGAUUAUUUUUUGGUGUUGGUGGCCCAGCAUGUGGCUCUUUUUAUAAAGGACUUUUUGGAUUGUUUAACUCCUGGAGCUAGGUGCCCAAAACUGUGUACGAAUAAAACUCUGUUUACAAAAAAGGCAAAUUAUUUAUUAGAUUGUUAAUCUUGUAUUGUGUCUCCUUGGUAGAGAUUUGGGUGCUUUCUUGUAAGUAUUGCAAUGCUGGUAGUUUCAGCUUAAGCACACUUUAAAUUUGUCUUUAUACACAAAGUUUUGAGGGGAAUUUAACAGACCGUUUACAUGCUGCAUGAAUGCCAUAAUGCCCAGAAAAAGGCAUCUUUACUCUUAUUACUGGUAUUUUGUGCCGACUGUAAUCAUGGUAAAAACGCCCUUCUGGCUAUUGUUGUCUUUGCUUUAAUUGGAAAGCAGCAAACACAGUAAAAAAAAAAAAAAGCCAACCGCCCUUGCAUGAUGCUCAGUUAUGCGGAGCAUGUCCUAUGGACCGAGCAUCUCUUUACCAUGUGUUUAGUAUGGAGGUCAGCUCUCAUCAUUACCACAGAGCGAGGACAGAGGAAACAGAAGAUUGCCACAUUUCCUUUUUGUGCUGUGGAACCAACAGCUAUCAUUUUCAAUGCAUGCCGUUUGUGUAAAUUGGUGUGCGCGCACACAGACACACACGGAGCAAAUUAGAUUCCAGCACACUUUACUUAAUGAAUUAUACAUGAAUCUUUGAGCAAGGGGAGGAAAAGAAAGUUGCUCUUGGUUAUAAUUCAGUGUAGCUAUGUGGAGACGGCAUCAUUCUGCAGCUUUAUUGUAGCGUCUCAUCAAAUCCUCAAUCUAAAUGUAAAAUGGACUGUAUAGUACUAAUGGCUUGUUCCCCCAUGUACAACGUGAGAACUUAUGGAAAUCUUAAAUCCUAUAGAGGUGUUAAGUGCUGUUUUUCUAUCCAAGACUAAUUUAUUGAAUGAAUUGGAGCACUUAAUAGGUUCAACGUGUUUCACCAAGAGAAGAUAUUUUGAUUGAGCAACAUCAC